AUGGGUCUCCGUAAGGAUCCCUUAGGAUUCUUCUGUUUAGCUUUAACAUAUGGCAUCGUCAUCUUUUCGGAUUACUGCUUUAUUGUACAUACUGUUAUGCCGGUUCUUUCAGCUAGCUUAUGGGGCUCCUUCCACAUUAUCGUUUUUAAUGUAUUCGUCUUCCUAUUGGUCUAUUCACAUUUCGUUGCAACAACUGCUGAUCCAGGUUUUGUUCCAUUACCUACAAUUAAAUUAGACUUUUCUGACCAACGAAUGCAGGGUGCUAUCAAAACACCACAGGGCUCAGAAUGGAGCUUAUGCACCAAAUGCGAAACUUAUAGGCCUCCCAGAGCUCAUCACUGUAGAACAUGUAGUCGAUGCAUUAGGAAAAUGGAUCACCACUGCCCUUGGAUUAACAAUUGUGUUGGCGAAUGCAAUCAGAAAUAUUUUAUUUUAUUUUUACUCUAUACGGCUAUGGCAUCUGUUUACGCGAUAAUCUUCUGUAUUGUAUUAUUUAUGGCAAAAUGCGAUAACUGCGACGAAAACUCACCUCGCCAUGUGCACAUAAUUUUUUCGACGAUAUUGAUAACGUUUGCGUUCGUCUUCGCUUUAUUUACAAUUUUAAUUUUGUACGAUCAGAUUACGUCGAUUUUAACCGAUAUCACCUCCGUAGAGUACGUAAAAAAAGAAAACAGAUCACGUAUUUUAAAAUCUAAGAUGGCUUUACUAUCUGAAGUUUUUGGAAGGGGUAUGGAACAAACUUAUACAAAACUACAAUGCUUGGAUUACAUAGCAAUCUUCACAUCAUUUCUUUUACUUAAACUGGUUUUGUUUUGCAAUUGUGACAGGAAGUUAUUGGACCUGGCUACUUCCAUUUUGUGGGGAUUCCGCUUCUACAACGGCAAUAAAUACCAUGUAUGA